AUGAGCUGGGAGAAUCCGGCCGCCAUCACCGCCAGCAGCGCUACAGCCCGCAUGCUGUGCAAGAUUGGCCUGCCAGUGGACAGCACAUGGCGUGCGUACAACCUGAAUUCGCAGCUCACCCCAUUCCCAUGCCGCCUGCUGGGAAUGUCUGUCAAGCUGCCAUCAUCGCCGGCGGCGCUACCGGCGGCAUCCUCUGUAACACAAGCCUUCCAGAGGACAAUAACUAUCCCUUCCCUCCCUUCACUCUCCCCCCCUCCCUUCGCUCUCCCCCUCUCUCCUCACUCUCUCCACACCCCCUCACGCUCCCCACACCCUCUCACUUCCCUGCAGUUGGGAGUGCCUUGCAGCGAUUAUCGCGAGCGGCGCUACAGCCGGCAUCCUCUCUGGGAGUGUCUAGCCGCCAUCAUUGCGAGCGGCGCUACAGCCGGCAUCCUGUGCGACAUCGGGCUGCCAGUGGAGCACCGCGGGGUGCGCUACAACUGCCGGGCGUUCGUCCACAGCCGUCGGAUCCUGCUGCUGCGCCCCAAGAUGGAUCUGGCAAAUGAUGGAAACUACCGGGAAACGCGCUGGUUCGCCACGUGGAAGCGGUUGGGAGUGGUGGAGAGCGUGCGGUUACCAGCGGUGGUUACCGCGGCAUGUGAGGGGCAGCGGGAGGUGCCUAUUGGGGAUGGCGUGCUGGAUCUGCUUGAUAGCACCCUGGCGAGUGAGACAUGUGAGGAGCUAUUCACCCCUCUAGCACCGCACAUCCGAGCGGCACUGGCGGGGGCAGAGGUGGUGGGCAACGGCAGCGGCAGCCACCACGAGCUGCGCAAGCUGGGCACGCGCGUGGGGCUGGUGCAAUCGGCCACGAGCAAGGCGGGCGGGGUUUACCUUUACGCCAACCAGAAGGGGUGUGAUGGCGGACGGCUGUACUAUGACGGGUGUGCCAUGGUGGUGGUGAACGGGCAGGUGGUGGCGCAGGGGUCGCAGUUCUCAUUGGCUGACGUCGAGGUGGUAACCGCUACAGUGGACCUCGACCAGGUGGCGAGCUACAGGGGCGCCAUCAGCAGCCUGAGGGAGCAGGCCUCAGCGUCCGCCCCAGCACCCUCCGCCUCCUUCCCCACCCUUUCUUCCUCUGCCUCCGCCUCCCCUGGCAUCGUGCGCAUCCCCUCCGAUAUCUCCAUCUGUCAUCCCUCAUCCGCCAGCCUUACCCUCGCCACCUCGCACCCCAUUCAGAUUCGCUACCACUGCCCCGAGGAGGAAAUCGCUCUGGGCCCCGCGUGUUGGCUGUGGGACUACUUGCGGCGCAGUGGGGCAUCGGGCUUCCUGCUGCCUUUGUCGGGCGGCGCUGACAGCUCAUCCGUGGCCGCCAUAGUGGGCUGCAUGUGCCAGCUGGUUGCGAAAGCCAUAGCAGAGGGCGACGAGCAGGUGCAGCAGGAUGCAGAGCGAAUCACGGGGCUACAGCUGGCGGCAGGGGCGGCGGCAGAAGAGCAGAAGCGACAGGCUGCCAGGCUGGCAGAUCGCAUCCUGAACACCAUCUACAUGGGCACGGAGAACAGGCUGGCAGAUCACAUCCUGCCCACCAUCUACAUGGGCAUGGAGAACAGCUGGAUGGAGGCACAUCAACAGAGAACCUGGCAUUGCAGAACAUCCAAGCGCGCCUGCGCAUGUUGCUCGCCCGCCUUCCUCUCCUCACAUCCCGUACCCUCCCAUCUUGCUCUUGCCUCCUCCGCCACCAACCACCCGUCCCAUCAGCUGGACGGAGGCACAUCCGCGGAGAACUUGGCCCUGCAGAACAUUCAGGCGCGCCUGCGCAUGGUGCUCGCCUUCCUCUUCGCGCAGCUGCUGCCCUGGGUGCGCGGACACGGCAGAGGAGGGGGAGGAGGGGGAGAGCAGGCGGGGGAGAAGGGGAAAGAGGAGGGGCGGAAGGAGGGCACAGCUGACGGACAGCAAAGGGGAGGGGAGGGAGGAGGAAGGGGAGGGGGUGAAGAGAAGGUGCCAGUGGGAGGGGUGCUGGAGAGGAGCAAGGGGAGGGGAGGCGGGUCAGAGCAGCGGGGGGGCGGAGGGGGCUUUCUGCUCGUGCUGGGCAGUGCCAACGUGGAUGAGGCUCUGAGGGGAUACCUCACUAAGGUGUGCAUUAAGGGGGAGCAUGGCGUAUCACAUGCCAAUAUCGACCCCAUCGGGGACAUCAGCAAGACGGACCACCGCCGCUUCUUCGGCGGCAGUCCCCCUUGGCUUCGCCUCAACACUCCCACUCUCCCAUCCCCUUCUUUUCCACCCCACUUCCUGCUUCCCUUCUCACCAUACGACUGCAGCAGUGCAGACAUCAACCCCAUUGGUGGAAUUAGCAAGACGGACCUUCGCCGCUUCCUGCGCUGGGCGGCAGUCCACCUUGGCUUCGCCUCAUUGGCCGACGUCGAGGCCGCGCCGCCCACCGCUGAGCUGGAGCCAAUCAGAGCGGAUUACGUGCAGGUGGACGAGGUGGACAUGGGCAUGACCUACGAGGAGCUCUCCCUCUAUGGCCGCCUGCGCAAGGUCCUGCGCUGCGGCCCUGUUGCCAUGUUCCAGCAUCUGUGCCAUGAGUGGCGGCAGCGGCUGACAGUAGCGGAGGUGGCAGGGAAGGUGAAGGCGUUCUUCCGCUUCUACUCCAUCAACCGUCACAAGAUGACCACUCUCACGCCCUCCUACCACGCUGAGAACUACUCUCCGGAGGACAACCGGUUUGACCUGCGCCAGUUCCUGUACAACGUGGCAUGGCCGUGGCAGUUCAAACAGAUCGACCAGCUGGUGGCGGAGCAUGAGGCCGCGGCGGGAGCAGGUGCUGCAACACUUUCAAGUGAGGGCUCUAACGCAGCGGGAGCUGCGAUGUGA